UGUGUAGCCUGUUACCCUGAGUUAUACACCCAGGGCCCCUGUGCCAGGGUACCGAGCUCUGUUGUCAUGAAUCUGGCCUGUCUAUCUCUCCCUAGACUUUAGAGGUCAGACCUGCUCCCCUGUCCUAGCCCUAGGGAACAACGUCCACUUAGUAAAGAGAUUUAUCUUUCUGAAAGGCCAGUGGGACAUGGGCAUGUCUCUUGUCUUCCCCUUCUCUCAGCCCCACCUCUAGUACCUGGAUCUAGAAAGGGGACCUCUGUUUGCUGUAUUUAGACGGUAGGAGAGGCUAGACCUAUUCCCACCAGUCUCUAACCUCUGACCCCAAUCCUGAAGUCCUUGGCUGAAUACUUGGCUCUCUCUGUGAGGUACCUCGUGGUAGGAGCUUUUUUUUUUUUUUUUUGAUCUGCUUGGAAUGUCUGGAUGGAACACAGAAGGUUGUAGGUAACAGCUGCCUCUGUGAUCUCACCACAAGGGGGAGAAAGAUUGCUUGCAGCAAAGAGGCAGACUCUGAGGAGAAGGGGACAGAGCAAAGAUGUCUGAAAAACACAAGUGGUGGCACCAGGUGGAUGCCAUCGAUGUCCAACAUGGAGGCUUUAAGAAAAAAACCUAUGAGCUCAUGGGUCGGCAUGAGGAGCAAGUGCUUAUCAACCGCAGGGACGUCAUGGAGAAGAAGGAUGCCUGGGACGUGCAGGAGUUCAUCACUCAAAUGUACAUCAAGCAGUUGCUUCGCCAUCCGGCCUUCCAGCUGUUGCUGGCCUUUCUGCUGGUGACUAACGCCAUUACCAUUGCUCUCCGCACCAACUCUUAUCUCGGUCAGAAACACUAUGAGUUAUUCUCGACUAUAGAUGACAUUGUGUUGACAAUCCUUAUCUGUGAGGUUCUCCUUGGCUGGCUGAACGGAUUCUGGAUUUUCUGGAAGGAUGGCUGGAAUAUCCUCAACUUCGCCAUUGUCUUUAUCUUGUUUAUGGGGUUCUUCAUAAAACAACUGAACGAAACCUUCAUCACCUACCCUCUCAGGGCUCUUCGGCUGGUUCAUGUGUGUAUGGCAGUGGAACCCCUGGCCAGAAUCAUCAGGGUCAUCCUGCAGUCGAUGCCGGACCUGGCCAAUGUCAUGGCCCUCAUCCUCUUCUUUAUGCUGGUAUUUUCUGUGUUUGGGGUCACGCUCUUUGGUGCGUUCGUGCCCAAGCACUUCCAGAACAUGGGGGUGGCUCUGUAUACACUCUUCAUCUGCAUCACCCAGGACGGAUGGCUGGACAUCUACAUGGACUUCCAAAGCCUCACACGUUCGUAGGACCACCUGACCCUGUUCACGGAGAUCUCAGCUACUGUGGUACAGUUGUAUGACUCAACUUCUGGCCAGGAAGCAAGCCUGUGCUUGUGUCUGAGGUUACUAGGUGGCUUCCAGAUUGCACCAGAGCGCAACGAGCCACCUAGAUUCCUGGGAAGUUUGGGUUUAACCAUUCCUGCUCAAACCUGCUCCCCAAGGUCAUUUUUGUGUUCUAUUCUUUGCUUCUUCUCUGUCAAGUCCAAGUCCAGUUUCACUCUGUCCCACUCUUCACUGUAAAGUAGAAGCCAGUUGGAUUUCUGCAGUCAGGAUUCAUCUAGACACAGGGAACAGAGUUCCCAGCAUUCAGGAAGCAGAGAGAGGCGAAUCAGGAGUUCAAGUUAAUUGUUGGCUAUAAUUAACAAGACUUGCUUCAAAAAGGAACAAGAGGGGAGGGGUAGGAUGAGAGACAUGCUGGGGUAGAGUGUUUGCCUAGCUUGGGUUCAAUCCCCAGAACUGAGCAAAGCAAGAUUGGUGGCCUCUACCUAUAUUGCACUGUGAGAGGCCAGUCUAAGAACAUAAAUAGAGAGAAAAGGCUGGCACAGCGGCACACGACUUUAGUCCUAGCACUUGGGAGUCAGAGGCAGGAGGAGCUUUGAAAGAACUGGGCCAGCCUGGUCUACAGACCCCAUUUCAGGCUAACCAGAGUUACAUGGUAAGACCUUGUUUCAAAACAAACAAACAAGCAAGCAAGCAAACAAACACAAACAAUAUCACCAAACCACCACCAACAACAACAAAAGGUGGGGCACUGAGGCCCAGAGCAUGAUUGCUGGGUGGCACAGGGAAGGCAGAGGCAGUGCAACCUCUGUUCGAGGCCAGCCAGGUCCACGUGGACUGCACAGUGGGGUGGCACUGGGCUUUUGAGUCUCUCCCCUUGCAAUGGCCCUGUGACGUUAGACAAAUGAUUCUACUGUUGGCCUCAAACUGGCAGCCAUCUUCCUGCUUCUGUCUCUUAAAUGCUGAGGUUACAGAUGUGGGUCACCAAGACCAGUUUUUUUAUGUGUGUAUUUAUUUAUGUUGUGGGUCUGGGCCCGUAAGCAUGCUCCGGAAGCCUUCUACUACAGAGCUGCUGCUCCGACUUCUAGCUUUUAAAAGUUGGAGGGAUUCAUUUUAUCUGUUUUGUCUUUAAAUGCAGUCUAGCAUAGUCCAGGAUAGUCCAUCACUCUAGCUCUUCCUCCGCUCACUUCCCAAGUGCUAAGCUUAUGGUCAUGUGACCCCACUAGCUUAGGCCGUGUAGAGGCUUCAUGCUUACUAGGCAAACACUCCACCAACCAUGUUUCAUUUUUCUAGUUUUUUUUUGUUUUGUUUUGGAGACAGAAACUCAGGUGUCCAGACUAGCUUUGAACUUCUGCUCUCCUAUCUCUAUUUCCUGAGAGCUGGGCUUUAUUACUUCUCUGAUCCUCUAUUUAAUCACUCAUAAUUAGAGACUGCAAUGCAGUAUUGACGGGCUGGAGAGAUGACUCAGCGGUUAAGAGCACCAACGGCGGGGUUGGGGAUUUAGCUCAGUGGUAGAGUGCUUGCCUAGGAAGCGCAAGGCCCUGGGUUCUGUCCCCAGCUCCGGGGGAAAAAAGAACCAAAAAAAAAAAAAAAAAAAAGCACCAACGGCUCUUCCAGAGGUCCUGAGUUCAAUUCCCAGCAACCACAUGGUGGCUCACAACCACUUGUAAUGGGAUCUGAUGCUCUCUUCUGUCUGAAGACAGCAACUGUGUACUCAUAUAGAAUAAAUAAAUAAAUCUUAAAAAAAAUACAGUAUGGACUACCUCAUAGGAUGGCAUGAGGAUCAGUCUAGAAAGAUCUGUAGACUUCUGUAGACUUCUGUAGUGCAGCUCAGCAUAGAGUGCUGCCAUUUCCAGUAGAUGUUAAGUAUGGCUGGGACUUGUACUGGACAUAGAAAAGGGUGCUGACUUCUGGGAGCUGGCCCUGCUGUCAGUCAGCAGAGCAUGUCUCAGGGAAGAGCUGCUGUGACCAGCAGGAGAGCACUCUCUCUGCAUUUACAGAGAAGAGUGUAUCAGAUCCCAUUACAGAUGGUUGUGAGCCACCAUGUGGUUGUUGGGGUUUGAACUCAGGACCUCUGGAAGAGCAGUCAGUGCUCUUAACCGCUGAGCCAUCUCUCCAGCCCUAAAUCACUGAAGCAUAAAGGGCCAGGGAAAUAAUGGAGCCCCUGACCACCAUUUUCAGGGUGGAGGAAAGAGAGUACGCAAUGGAGGUCGGGGGCGCCAUCUACUUUGCUAUCUUUAUCACCCUCGGUGCCUUCAUUGGCCUCAACUUGUUUGUCGUCGUCGUGACCACAAAUCUGGAACAAAUGAUGAAGACGGGCGAG